AUGUCAUAUUCCAACGCAACCGAUUUCACCAACCCCUCCACCUUCAUCCUGCUGGGCAUUCCUGGCCUGGAGACGGCCCAUGUCUGGCUCUCCAUCCCCUUCUGCACUAUGUACAUCAUAGCCAUCUUGGGAAACAUCACCAUCCUGUUCAUUGUGAAGAGAGAGCGUAGCCUCCAUGAGCCCAUGUACUAUUUCCUCUGCAUGCUGGCCAUCACCGAUGUGGUCCUGUCCACAUCCACGCUACCUAAAACACUGAGCAUCUUCUGGUUCAAUUCCAGGGGUAUCAAUUUCAAUGCCUGCCUCACCCAGAUGUUCUUCAUUCACUGUUUUUUAGCGGUGGAGUCUGGGAUCUUCGUGGCCAUGGCUUUUGAUCGCUAUGUGGCCAUCUGCAAUCCUCUGAGACAUUCCACCAUCCUGACAAGCCACGUUGUGGCCAGUAUUGGGCUGGCCGUGUUGCUGCGUGGCUGUAUCCUCCUGCUGCCUCAUCCCUUCCUAGCAAGGCAGUUGCCUUAUUGCAGAACCAACGUCAUCCCCCUUUUAUAUUGCGAGUUCAUCGCCGUGGUAAAGCUGUCCUGUGGCGACAUCCGCAUCAGUAGUUACUAUGGCCUCUUUGUUUCAUUAUUGAAGAACUGUCUGGAUCUGUUUUUUAUCACCAUGUCCUACACCCAGAUCCUCAGGGCCAUCUUCCGUCUCCCCACCAAGGACGCCCGGCUCAAGACUUUUGGGACUUGCACCUCCCACCUCUGUGUCAUUUUAGUCUUUUACAUCCCAGCUCUCUUCUCUGCCCUUGCACAGCGGUUUGGCCAGAAUAUACCCUUUCAUUUCCACAUUCUGUUUGCCAACAUGUGUCUCCUGGUGCCCCCCACAUUAAACCCCAUCAUCUAUGGUGUGAAGACCAAACCAAUCGUUCGGGGGAGGCUGCUUUGGCUCAUUACUCAGAAGCAGUCUAACGUUUUCUCCUAG